UCCUCGUUCUCUAGCUCAGGACCAGGGCAGACGGGGCAGUCCCGCAGCCAGCGAGCCGGGCGCGCCGCCGCCCACUUGCGCUGUGCCCGCUGCAGCCGAACCCGGCCCGGGCGGGAGCCGAGCGGAGAGCGAGGAUCGCGAGCCCAGGCCCGAGUGAGCGCGCUCGGCCGCCGCCGAGUCGGCACCUGGAGGACAUGGAGGAAAGGCCAGCAGAGACCAACGCCAAUGUGGACGACUCGGCACUCCCCUCGGUGGCCCAGCUGGCUGGGCGGUUUAGGGAACAGGCAGCCGCUGCAAAGGAGACACCAGCCAGUAGACCAACAAGAAGGAAACCACCCUGCUCCCUCUCUCUGUUCCCCCCCAAGGUAGAGCUGGGCCAGAAUGGUGAGGAGAAGUCACCACCCACUGCAAACCACCCUCCUAAAAUGAAGGUGAAGAGCUCGCCUCUGAUUGAGAAGCUUCAGGCCAAUUUAGCCUUUGAUCCAGCUGCCCUGCUGCCUGGGGCCUCACCCAAGAGUCCUGGUCUCAAGGCCAUGGUGUCACCAUUUCACAGCCCACCUUCUACCCCCAGCAGCCCUGGCGUGCGCUCUCGGGCCAGCGAGCCUGAGGAACCACCCGUCAGCUUCGACCAGCCUCCUGAAGGCAGCCAUCUGCCCUGUUACAACAAGGUGCGGACGAGGGGCUCCAUUAAAAGGCGCCCUCCCUCCAGGCGAUUCCGAAGGUCCCAGUCGGACUGUGGGGACCUGGGGGACUUCAGGGCAGUGGAGUCCUCCCAGGAGAACGGUGCCAAGGAAGAAAACGGGGAUGAGGUGUUCCCAGCCAAGGGCAAGGCCCCAGGAUCCCCUCCUCAGAGCCGGAUGUCCAGCAGGACAGAGAAGCCAGAGAAGGGCAGGGCAGCAGAGGAAGCCCAGCAGCCCGAGAAGGCCAUGGGGAACUCCAAGGAGGGGGCGGGCCAGCGUCCAGCCCAAGCCUCCAGCCCAGAGGGAGAGGAUGCAAGUGGGAGUCCCACGGAGGAGAAACCAGCCGGAGGGCAGACGGAAGAGCCCUCAGAGGUGAAGGAGAAGGCGGCAAGUGGAGAGGAGGAGCCCGGACAGAGGGGCCCAAACACAAAGGGGCCGGAGGAGGGAGCUGGGGCAGAGGAGACUCCGAAGAGUCUCCCUGGAGAAGUGGAGGGGGGCCACAGCUCAGAGCAGGAGACCAGCAUGGAAAACCAAGAUGAGGGGACCGGCCUUGAGCCAGGCUGCAACCCUGGCACCAGCCAUACCCAGCCGGACACCAGCAGUGAGGUUCUCAAGACAGAGGAUAACACCCCUGUCCAGGAAAUUAAAAUGUGAAGAAGAGCAUAUGGUGCCUCGUGAUGAAACUGCUGCUCGAGCCAUCCCUUUGGAAGUAGCUGCAAUGAUAGGAGCAGCAGCACAGGAAGCCAUCGCAGAAGCGGACUGGGCUGAGGGUCUGGAGUUAGCCUGAAGACAGGUUGCAGUUUCCCGACCUCCACGCCGUCACCAGCUGAGACUGGAUCUGAGGGCAGCAGGCUUUUAUCAAUCAGCUUGAGUUUGUGUCACUUGAUGGACGUGGUUUAAAAAAAAAAAAAAAGUAUUUAAAACAAUGUGCAGUGGUGCCAACUCCCCAGGGAUACUGGUCCACCUGUGGAGCCCAGACACUGCCCACACCCACCUAUCUCUAUCGCUGACCUCAGAAGGGGACUAGGAUUGAGCUGAUCUGAUUUGUUUUGCAUAAAAGGAUAGCCUUUUUACUGUUCUAAAGUUUUCACAGUUCUCAAAUGUAAGUAAAAACUCAUUUCAGGUGGCUAGAAACAAAAGAGUAUCGCUGGAAAUAGAAACCCUGUAAGUUAUGGAAGAGCAUAAGAAAUUCUGUAAAUUACGAGACAGCCUUUCAGCUCUGUCCAAAUUUGAACCGGCCAACGGAUUUUGAAAACAUUGCACUAAAAGAGGUAAUUAUUGAAACAUUAAAAAAUAUGUGUCCGUUCCAGCAGCAGGAGCUUUUCCCCUCUGCCUGGUAGUUCCUUAGUUGAUGAUAUGCUGGGAGUUAAGCAGCUCUGCUCACCGGCUGAGGAGGAGGAGGCAGGGAGCAGCUCCUUUGGAGAGGCAGAGUGUCAGGUUUCAGGCUGCAUUUCCUCCUCUUGAAAGCAGCAGAGCACAAUAACCUGAGCAAUGCCUGCCCUCUGCUUUAUCCUGGGGGAAGGAAGCUUGCCCUUCCAGAAGGGGGCCCUCAAGCAUGGAUUAGGUACCUCUUGGGAGGUGCUUUGAGCAUCGUGAUAUGCAAGGUACAUAAUGAGACCGUCCUUCCUGGCUUUCCCCACUUGAGUGGAAACCCAGCCUCUCCUCCUGGACUCGGGAGGGGUGGGAUAGCUCUUGCUUUAAGGGUUCUGUUUGCAGAAUGCAGGAGAUUCAUCAGCAACCCUCUUCUGGACAUAGCUGCUCCCCUCUUCACCCACUUCUGCUGAAAGAUGCUCAUCCAAAACAUAUUUAAUUUUUAGAGAUGGUCCUCACUCAGAUUUGAGUAUUUCAGUGUCUCAACAUGCUGAUUUGGUGGGUGAAGCAGUCAUUUUUUCGAAGGUCUCUUAGACCACACUCUACUCUGACUUCAGAAAGUAGCCUCUCAGACUCAAAGGCCUUAUCUCACCGCUGGUACCUCAAUUUAUCACCCUAUUUACAGUUUUUCUAACUCCAGGAUAGUGUUAAUGUUUGGGAUAUAUUUUUCCAAAAACUAUUUUUAAAUCGAAUGCAGCUUCUAAAACUUGUAAUCUAGUGAAGACUGAUACUGUAAUAAGCUUUGUAUUUUCGCAGAGUUUUUGGGAGACGUGUGUUUCAGUUAUUUUAAGAUCCAGACCAUAUCAAUCAUCUGUCUAUUGACAGAGGUGUAUACCCCCUAAACAAUACAUGGAUUUAUUUAUA